AUGCUACAAAACCAAUCCACAUCACAUGAUGAAGUAGACCUUGAACGUCAAGCAACAUUAGUGUCAGAUGCAACCGUUACCAUAAAAACUAUAAACAAUGUCGAUGAUCAGAUUGUUAAAAACAAUAGCCCAUCAUCGCCUAAUGCUGCUUUAGAUCAAACAAUUAUUUCCACCGCUUUACCUAAAAUAGUUUCAGAUUUUAAUGGAUUGGAUCAAAUCGCAUGGGUUGCAACUUCUUAUCUACUCACAACGACUUCUUUUCAACCAAUAUAUGGAAAAUUAUCUGAUAUUUUUGGUCGUAAAGCAACAUUCUUAGUUGCAAUUGCCUUCUUUGAAUUAGGCAGUUUGUUAUGUGGUGUUGCCAACAACAUGGGUAUUGUUGGCGCAUGCUUUGGUAUUGCUUCCGUAGCAGGUCCUCUCAUGGGUGGUGCUUUUACUGAUCAUGUUACUUGGAGGUACGAUUUCAUGCCUUACAUUCUUGGUGUAGUUGCUUUCGCAAUUCUAAGCGGUCAACUAUUCUCUCGAACAGAUAAAAUAUCGUUUCGAUUAGUGACAUUAAUUUCUUCGUCAUUGACAAUAAUCGGUGCCGGAUUAACCACUAUGUGGAAGGAAAAUACCGGAUAUGGCGAAUUUAUAGGAUACAUGUUAAUUGGUGGUAUUGGAAUUGGUGCAAACAUUCAAUCUAUUUUAUUAUGCGGUCAAGGAUUGGUUGAACCGAAGGAUAUAGCUACG